AUGGCGCAGCAUCACCCGUCGACUCCCGCAGCCAUCUCCAGUGGACCCGCUCAAACCUCUACCGACGGCAUCACACCCCAUGCUUCUGCCUUGACGCCUGCCUCCGCUACUUCCUCCAGCAACACCUAUGUCAUGCCCAAUUCGCCGCUCAAGAAUCGUGGUCCCGUCGACGGCUACCGCCCAAAGGUGACGCGCACCCUUGGCCAGCGCCCCGCCUGCCUCGUCAAUGCCUCGGUCACAUACUGUGGGAAUAACCAGAUCUACGCUUUUGGCGGUUUUGAUCAGUACACUGACGAGGUCUACAACCAUGUGCUGCGCCUGGAUCUCGUCAGCCAUCAAUGGAGCUUGGUCGAUAACUACGGCGAUAUCCCCGGAGUCCGAAUGGGCCACACUGCAACCCUAUAUAAGGGAGAUAAGCUCUUAGUCUUUGGUGGCGAGAACGAACACCGGACCUAUCUCGCUGAUCUCAUCAUCUUCGACCUCAAGACGGCUCACUGGACCCAGCCACAGGUGUCUGGGCCAAUUCCAAAGGGUCGUGCGCGGCACGCAGCUGUCCUACACGAAGACAAACUCUUCAUCGUCGGCGGCAUCACGGGCCACGACAACUACGUCCUCGACGAUAUCUGCUAUCUAGACUUGAAGACAUUUACAUGGUCGCGGGCGUGGCGCUUUGUCGGCAGAUUCGACCACUCUGCGUAUAUUUGGGGUGACAGAGUCUGGGUGUUUGGGGGCUUGAGCGAAGACAUGGACAAGGUUAGUGACCUGUGGUGGCUUGAUCUCAAGGGCAGCCCGGCAUUUGAAUCCCCCCCGCAAAUCGGCUCUCUCGACCGCUCCGGUUUGGCGAGAAGUGCCGUGUCGCCUCGACCGGCUUAUCAAGCAGCCCAGUCUUCCGUUGUCGGGUCCUCUGGCUAUGCCGCCAAUUCCAGGACUCCUCAAGUCAAUCCCCCUUCUUUCCACCUCAAGUCGUAUGCUCCUCCUGCGCCUGGCGCAGUCUCUGCGCUGAAGUUCGUGAGCGGCACAAAUGUGCCGUCCCAGGGGCAGGGCAUCCACUUCCAUGUCUAUUCCUCCGGGACCCUCCUCGACUUUGUGACACCUGCCGCAACCAUCUCUUCCAAAGACUGUUCGCUCUCUGCGCUAGAUCUGGGGACUCUCAGGUGGCAGAAGCUUGCUGAAGGGCGUGAAAUCUUCAAGUCUGGGUACCGCUGGCAUUAUUGCACCAUGAAUGAAGAUGGGACCAAGGCGUGGCUAUUAGGUUGUCCUACAGAGGCUGGAGCGAUUGAGCUCGGUGCUAAUGGCCUCGAGGAAUAUCUCUCCGACAUCAUGGAAAUCGACUUGCGAAGAUACGGCUUUCUGGGUAACAACUUGUCGUCCGAGCCUCGAACAGACAUGGCCCGCCCUUCACGAAUCCGCCUUACAGAGCAGCCAUCAAAGGGGUUGGGAGCAGAUCUCGCCAAGCUUUUUAACCAGCCUCCAGAAACCGGGAGUGGUACAGAUUUUAUUGUCACUGCUCUUUCGCGCGACUAUGACGACGACGAAAUCAUGGGUUCGGCGCUUGUGCAUGCUCCUGAGCCGAGCGACGGCGGUCAGACCUGGCUAGCUGCGGACACCCCAACGUCAGCCCCAAUUCAUGUCCACCGCCUCAUUCUCCAAGCCCGCUGGCCACAUUUUGCGCGGCUGUGGUCCAGCCAAAUGGCCGAGUUCCACACCAAGAAGAUGCACAUCCCCGAACCCUACAGCGUCGUCAAGGCCUUCCUGUACUACCUUUACACGGACCGUAUCGACCCGGCCGACGACGACGCCGACAAUGCCAUGGCCGACCUCUCGGACGUGGCCGGCCUGCUCGUCAUGUCCAACAUCUACAACAUACCACACCUGCGCCUGCUGUGUGUCAACCGCCUGAGCAAGGAGCUCGACGUGGACCACGCCUGCAUCAUCUGGUACUGCGCGGGCCUUGCGGGCGAGGAGUGGCUGCGCAAGCGCGCCGCGGGGUUCUGCAUGACGCACUGGGGGCGCGUCGUGCGCACCGCCGGCUUCCAGCGCCUGCCCCGCACCGCCCUCGUCGAGCUCUCCCAGGAGAUUGACAUGGAGGGCCGCGUCGUCGGCGGCGACGAGCUCGACAUGAUGGUCGGCGGCAUCGACGGCCGCUUUGGCGACGGCGGUUCGGCCGCCUCGCGCCGCAAGGAGAGCGUUAGCAGCAACCAGACCCAGAUGCUCGAGAGCGAGGUCGACGAUGACGACGGGAUGGAAAUGUCAUAG